AUGUUUACCGUACUAGUAGCAUUUAGUGGCAUACAUGAUUCACUUGUUCCAGGACAUUGCAUUAAACAGAUGACAGAAGAGUCAUCAUCUGUUACAUUAUUAUUAUUAUUAUCACUAUUAUUAUUAUUAUUAUUAUUAUUAUUAUUAUUAUUAUUAUUAUUAUUAUUAUUAUUAUUAUUAUUAUUAUUAUUAUUAUUAUUAUUAUUAUUAUUAUUAUUAUUAUUAUUAUUAUUAUUAUUAUUAUUAUUAUUAUUAUUAUUAUUAUUAUUAUUACCAUCGGGCGCCUCCCCUUGCACACGCCAAGCUAUGCUCGCUGUUGCACUCUGUGCCAUAGUAGUAGGAACAGCGUUCGCUCAAUUUCGAGGUUUUCAAGCAUGUGAUCCUUUACAGUAUCAGAGGUGUCAAGGUGUUUUCAACUAUGAACUGAAGAUUGAUCCUUCGCUUGGAAUACAAACAUAUCAACAACUUCGGGCAGCAAUAGAGAACAAAAUAGGUGUAGACAAAGCUCAAGGAAUGGCUGAUACAUGCAUGGCUUUUAAGUAUUACAAAACAUGUUACAAUAGCCGCGCUGACUACGCCAACUGUGCGAAUAAUCCUUUAGGACUACUCAUCGAUCAAAAUGGAACAGCAACAGGAAUCACAGAGGAUCAAGCGUUUGGAUACACAAAAAUUUUCAAUCAAUUCGAUUUUUCGUGUGGAGCUGGAUACGCUGAGUUCACAAAUAACGAUGAAUGUGCGUCGAGUGUUUUCCUUACUGGUAUUAACGAAAUGAGGACAUGUGACAACAAUUUUGCAGCUUCUGUUAAAGCGGACUCGAAUCCAAUGAAUACAUGCGCGUACGUAGAAAGGGCAAUGGAUUGCUAUAUGACAACAUUUAAAAAGCGUUGUUCACAAUAUCCCGAAGUGAUCUGGUGGGGAUGCAAUUACGAACGGAUUGGUACACAAACAAAUUAUCCACAAUGCAACCAGAUCUUCUGCACUUAUAACGAAUAA